AUGGUCCGCGCUACUCUCACCACCGUCGCCUUGUUGGCCGUGUGCCGGGCUGUCGGCGCUGCCCCCGCCGCCGCCGAGCCCGCGGUAGUCACCUCCGACUUCUCCUUCGCCAAGUGGGUCGACGAGCUCAUUGCCAACCCCGACACCGCCAUGACCCCGGACCAAGCCGUGGAAGCCUUCAACGCCGCCCGCAACAAUACCGGUUCUACCGAGCACAGCAAGCGCGGCGACCUCACGAAGCGGGUCUCAUGUAACGAGAAGCCCGGCACCGAAGCCCCCGUCUCGGACGCCGUGGCAUGCAUCAACUACCUGGCGAGCCUCGGGCAGCAGAAGUGCGAGUGCCAGUACUACAAGCAGUUCUGCAAGCUCGGCGGGGCGCAGCUCACCGGCCAGUCCGGGACGAAGACCGUUACCGUGGCCUGCAACGAUAUUGCCCGCGCUGGUGGCCUCAUCAUGGACUCCUGCACUCGGUCGGACAACACCGUGCAAGGAUCGGAGUGGGCAUGGGGCAGCAGUGAACUGCUGGUUCGGAUCCAUAAUGCCUAA